GGCUGUUGCUAGGCGACGAGAGCGGGGGAGCGCGCGGCCUGCUUGGCGUCGUCCGUCGCGGCAGGUUAUUUUCGCUAGACAUUUGAUGAUGGGUGAUGUACUUGCUUAUGAGGCAGAGCUACUUGGAAUGGUGAAAGAGUAUUUGGACUUUGCAGAAUUUGAAGAAACCGUGAAAACCUUUACAAAAGAAUGUAAAAUAAAAGGGAAGCCACUCCCCAAAACAGGAAGUAAUUCUGCUAAAGACUCCAAGGCUCUAAUCAUCCAGGAUCUGCUCAUGUCCUUUACUGAUGGAGACCAGGAUGUCUUCUUUGAACUGUGGGAGGAACGUAUCCCUUCCUCAGUCCGAGACCAGGAGGCUGUUGCUCAGAAAUUGGAGUUCUACCUUCACAUCCAUUUUGCCAUCUACCUGCUAAAGCACACCGUGGGAAAGCCUGAUAAAGCAGCUUUGGAUGAAAGGAUCUCAUAUUUUAAGACCUACCUGGAGACCAAAGGGGCAGCCCUGAGCCAGACAACGGAAUUCCUUCCUUUCUAUGCCUUGCCUUUUGUUCCCAACCCUAUGAUCCACCCGUCCUUCAAAGAACUUUUCCAGGAUUCUUGGGAGUCUGAUCUAAAAACAAGGCUGGAAGAAUUUCUGUCUGUGACACUAAAAGCCAGCGAUACCCCAAGGCUUCUGACCUUAUAUAAAGAGAACACGCAAUGCAGUCAAGAAAUGUUGCAGCAGCUUCACCAACAGCUGGUGGAGUCAGAACGUAAAACCAUGACCUACCUCAAGCGGUUCAACAAAAUCCAGGCCGAUUAUCACAACCUCAUCGGUGUCACAGCUGAGCUGGUAGAUUCCCUUGAGGCGACUGUGAAUGGCAAAAUGAUCACCCCGGAGGACCUGCAGAGUGUCUGCGUGCGUUUGUUCAGCAAUCAGAUGAAGCACAGCGUAGCACAUAGCAUAGACUUCACAAGGCCCGGAACUGAAUAUGGCUGUAUGAGCCCCUGUGAGGAUGAAUAUGCUUCAACAAUGUUAAGAGCGUCAUUAGUCCCUGCGAAAGUGCAGGAAGUGCCGCUCUUGCCAUCUUUGGAUUAUGAGAAGCUAAAGAAAGACCUGGUCGAUGGGAGUGAUCGCCUGAAAGCUUUCUUGCUCCAGGCCUUGCGCUGGCGUUUAACAACAUCUCACCCCGGUGAGCAGCGGGACACCGUUCUGCAGGCUUAUAUCAACAACGAUCUGUUGGAUUGCUACAGUAAUGCCCAGAGAAGCGUCUUAAUGCUGAUACAGUCCAAGUGUGAGGUGGUUCGUCAGUAUACAGCCAGGCUCAUCAAUGCAUUUGCCUCGCUGGCCGAAGGCCGGCUCUACCUUUCCCAGAAUCCCCGGUUGCUCCGCAUGCUGGAAGGAAGGUUGAAAGCGGAAGAUAAGUACUCCCUUACCCGAGAGAAUGUCCUGGGAGCUCUGCAGAAACUCAGCCUCAGGCGGGCUUUGCAGUCGACUAUGAUUAAGGAUGGGCUCAUACCGUGGUUGGUGGAAGCUCUCAAGGAUACGGACUCCAUGUCUGAUUACACCUUGGCCUACUCAGUUGCCUUGCUCAUGAACCUCUGCCUGCGGAGUUCAGGGAAGAAGAUGUGUGUGAAAAUUGCAAACGAGAUUCUCAAAGUUCUCUCAGAUCUCCUCGGCCAUGAGAACCAUGAGAUCCAUCCCUAUGUGAAUGGAGCCCUUUAUAGUAUCCUUGCUAUUCCAUCCAUACGAGAGGAAGCUCGAGCAAUGGAAAUGGAAGACAUUCUGCGAUGCUACAUUGCGGAAGGAAACGCCGAUAUGAUCCAGCAGAUUGAGUUUAUUAUCAAGCAGCUGCAAUCAGAAGAGCCCCUAGAAGACAGUGCCGAGUCUGACAAUGAGGAGAAAGAAGACAAUAAUGAAGAGGAUCAUAACGGCAUGGAGGCAGAUCUGGACAAAGAUGAAGUGUUACAGCCCCAGCAGGGUGAACUCUCAGGGGAAAAACUCCUGACCACUGAAUAUUUGGGAAUCAUGACCAACACGCCGAAAGCACGGAAAAGGUCAAUGCCCAGUGUCCGUCACAGCGUGGACGAGCCUCUUCAGAGACCCGUGACCCCUGGCUAUCAUAGGGCACAUUACCCAACGCUGGAAAACGAUGCCGUGCCUUCCAGCAGCAAAGAGAAAAGUGCUCAGCGUUGCCCAAACUCCCGACCUCCAACGCGCAGCGGGAAGAGGCCCAGCCUUUCGGAGCUUUAUUUCUCUUCGGCGACAUUUGAAACAGAAGCUUCAGGGAGGCCUUCGGUGCACCUCAGAACUGGUCGGGAUGUCCGGUCCGCUGCUGAUGUUCUCGUUCUCCAGUCCCCCAGCCUUUCCCAGGACAGUGUCAAUGGGAUGCCAAACAGUGACUUCCUUCUGGGCUUUGCCAGCAAACCCCAGCUGCCCUGCUCCCCCGGCUUCCAGGACAUCCGGCCUGGGAGAGGAAAGGUCCCAACUGUUGCCCCCGAGUUCUCCCAGUCUGGACCCCAACCAGCCCUCCGUCCCAACUCUUCGGGGCCAACAAGAGGCAAGCAAAGCGGCCAGCCUUCUAGGAGGUGAGGACAGGCCCUUUCCUCAAGAGCCACCCGUCUUGGUGCUUGAAGACAGCCACAGUCAGCUUUCUGUAACUGGAAUCCUGGCACCUUCCUGGCAUCCUGCUGGAUGAAGCAGGAGAUUAGCCUGAGAGCACCGGUACUCUACACCUCAUGGCCGAGAGACCAUCUGAUAGAGUGCUGGUUUUUUGAUACGUGGUCAAAAGAAAGGAUCCUUCCUGGAACCAGAGACCCCCGGAAUGCACAGCUUUCAUGCACAGAGCACACACACCCCCGGCUGUACUGAGAAAAAAAUCACAAAACCGUGCCUGCCCUCACACGAUUGCAACAUGCCAAGGAGAGCCCAGCCUGCAUGUGACAUAGAGAACGUUGCUGUGGGCAUCUGCACGUCCACCUAAUGGGCACGUUUCAAGGUCAGCAGAACCUUCUUGGGGUUCAGAUUGGCAAGACAAGGAUAAACUGGGUUUGCCUGCUGUUCAGAGAGUUUGGAGACAAGGGCCGAUUUGAAGAGCUGGGACAGAGGUCUAGUCUACCCCUGCAAUGGCCGCCCUGCCUUGGAUCUUCUGCCAGUCCUCCUCCUUGAGGUACAGAGGAGCACGGAAAUGACCUUGAGGAAGGUGCAUGCGACUGGAGGGAAAACUUGAACUUACCCCAGGAAAACAGGAAGCCGUGAGAAAGAAGCUCAAGGUGGCCCCUUCUUGACUGCCUUUGGUGUACGUGGGAGGGAAGGGGGCACGCUGUCAGAUCCUGCAAUGGUGGCCUGUAUCAAUAAAGUAGAGUACCAGG